AUGUUGUUAUUAACUUUCCUGCUAAUACCAGCGAUAUUCAAUUCAAUUGAAAUCGAUGCAACGAUCGACGUUGUCGGGAACAGCGAGCUAUCGAUCGAAGAUCAUACGAAAAUCGGGGGCAACUACAACACUGCUGUCACUGCUGUAUUAACAAAACCAUCGAGCCGAGCUUACAACUGUUUCCUGGAGACCAAUCUCGACUGCAACGUAUUCGAAUCCGACAACGAUGUCGGCGGGAUCAUCGGCCCGGUGGACUUUUCAAACGACGGACCGAAGGAUGGAGAAAUCGCCAGCGCCGGGAAUCCUUCGUACAACGUGUUGAACGAACAUGGGCCAGAACGUUGGAAUCGUUCCUAUCUAAAAAUACAGGAGCACAAUGCCACUCACUUUGCCACGGAAAUCGCCUGGACGUUCAGCAACGAAGCUGAAGUCGUAGUCGACCAAAUUCAAGUAUUCAUAUCUACCGGCAAUUACACGGACGACCAACCGAUUCAGAGAUCCUUGUUAAGCUUAGCUUGUUCGUAUCAACGAUCCAACGAUCGUCUAAUCGUCGAGGAUCGCGUUCUUCGAUUCAGCUGUCACCUUCGAUACGAGCUUGUCCAAGAUAUUUUCUACGAGACUAACGGCUUGGGAGUUCUCCUGUCAACCUUGAAAUUAGCUGGAACGGAGUACGCGUUCUAUCAAGUGGCCGACAUCACUCUUCAUAUACCGAUCUAUCAGGUCGUCAACUAUCACGGUUACAUCUCCGAGCCAACUAGCCGCGCCAAAUUGUGUCAACUGAGGGUGAACAAAAAUUGUGGAGCGAUCACGUACGAGCCGCAAAGCGUGGAGGGAUUGAAGGGCUUCCCCAAUGAGAGGUACAGCCCGCCGGACGGGAAAAUCGCCAGCGGCAAUAACAAGAGUUUUAAGGAACUGGACGAGUACGGUGCAAACAGGUGGACGCGCGUCAAUUUCCCUCGAGUACGUUAUUACAAUUCCACUCAUUUGUCAUUUGACAUCGUCUGGUAUUUCACCGCGCUCCACAGCACCGACGACUUUCGAGUAUACAUAAGCAACGAAAGAUACUCGUCACGGGAACCGUUGUCGAGACGUCACUUGGAUCUCAAUCCACUUUGCGUGAAGAAAUUUGACGGCAAGUACCCGCCUCGGCAAUUGACCAUGUCUUGCCUGAUUUCAGUCAAGAAGUAUUACGAAUUGACCAGAAUGAAAGAGUUACUGUUGCUGAACGUAUGGGACGUGUACGACACCGCUUAUGCGUUUUAUCAGAUUACAGAUAUCAAUGGCCCGUCGGAAUCGUAUGAAAACGUAUUGCGCGAAUAUGAAAGUACCGAAAAUUUUACCCGUCACGAUUAA